UCUCUCUCUCUCUCUCUCCUAUAAUAAUUCUGGAUCCAAUCGAAAGUCUGUUUGAUCUUUGAAGCACCCCUAACAGAAAACUUCAAGGCAAUAUACCUCGGUUUCAGAAAUGGCUCCACUUAUAACGUACUUCAGUCUCAGAAAGUUGCUUGGUAGAAGAAGAAUGUUAGAAAAAGAAGCACAAGACCCGCCGAAAAAGAAACCCACCAGCCUAUCCACCAAGAACCAGACCAAGCUCAUCAAGCCUAGUUUAUCCACGAAAAACCAAACCAAACUCGAUUUGUCCGGCAAAAACCAAACCAAGCUCACCAAAUCUACGAAUUCUACCAAAGCAGCUUCCACUUCCAGUGUUUUUUCUAAGAUUGAGCUCAAGAAGCUGAAUUCCACCUCCAAGAUCAAAAAGCUAAAUUCCACAUCGAAAGCCACAAACUCUACCAAACCUACCUCAUUUUCCUCGAAGAAAUCCUCGGAUCUGCUAAAACUAGGCACACCCAAGAACAAAACAACCAAACCCACCUCCACCAAAGACAUCCAGACCUACCUAGACAAGAAACUCAAUGAGCAUGAAUCCAAAAAACCGAACAAGAUACAGAAAGCGGAUAAAAAGGUACCUAUCCAGCAGAAGAUAACGAAACAAGCACAAUCCAGCUGGAUUGACCAAGAAGAUGAUCAAGAUGAUCUGUUUUCAGGAUUCACAGAUUUAACAGAUUUGCCCAACAAGUUCCAGCAGACUUUGAUUCCGGACCUCGAGAAAUUCUCGACCACCUCCAAAGCUUACCUCACCAAAGCCAAUAAAGAAAUCACAAAAGGUUUCAAGCCCAUUGUCGGCAACAAAUAUGCACCCACCAUUGCCACCGUAGUUUCUUGUGCUUUCAUACUCAUCCCUUUGCUUUUAGUCUCUCUUGUUUUCAAUAGGUUUAAAGCUUAUUUCUCUCUCCAAAAGCUCCUAAUCUUCAUCCAAAUAUACCUCUCCAUCUACUUCACCAUUCUUUGCCUCUCCGCCCUAGUCACGGGGCUCGAGCCCCUGAAGUUCUUCUACGCUACUUCGCAGUCCACAUACGUUUGUCUGCAGGUCCUUCAAACGCUUGGGUACGUGCUUUAUCUGCUUCUGCUCCUGAUGUAUCUGAUCCUCGUGUUCUCGACGGAAUCCGGGCUGGGCUCGAAGUUUCUCGGACUGGCCCAGAUCUUUAUGGGCUUCGCAGUUGGGCUUCACUACUACAUGUCGGUGUUUCACAGAGUGGUGCUACACCAGCCACCCCAAACCAACUGGAAGGUUCACGGGAUAUACGCCACGUGUUUCCUUGUCACUUGUCUGCUUGCCAACGCCGACAGAAGAAAGAAGUCCUACUUGGAAGAAGGUGGUGAGGAGGGAAAGAAGAGCUAGUCUCUCUCAUUUCAUUUCUGUUUUAUUUUUUAUAAGAAUUUUACUCAUAAUAUCUUAAAAGUAAUAUUGGUAUAACACUGUUAACGUGACAAACAAUCAAACCAAUCAUUAAUAUAACCUGUAUUUAAUAUCUGUCACGUCAAUAAUGUUAUACAAUAUUAGAUUUUGAGUAUUACGAUAAGUGUUAGACAUUAUUAUUAUUAUUAUUAUUAUUAUUUUUCAAUCCUAUCCUUGCUGGAAUGAUACCAUUGGGCAAGCAACCAUGGUGUUAAUGUAAUAACUUUGAGUAGGUACAAGGAAGUGGAUAUAUUAGCUACUUGCUUUGAUGUAA